AUGCCCACCACAAAUGAGCAAAGUGAACGGAUGAAGAAGUUUAAAAACAAAGGCAAAGAUGCAGAUGCAAUGAGGAAGCAAAGAAUAGAAGCUGCAGUUGAACUUCGUAAGGCUAAGAAAGAUGAACAGAUCUUGAAGCGAAGGAACAUCUCUUUUGCCAGGGAAGACACCCUGUCUCCAGAGAAAGAAGACAAGAGCCCGACUGCUGAUCUUUCUUUAGAAGAAAUAGUCAAGGCUGUAAACUCAGAAGACUUUCACCUGCAUUUGACAGCAGCUCAGUCAGCCAGGAAACUGCUUUCCAGGCAGAAGAAUCCACCCAUCAAUGAAGUCAUCAAAGCUGGGAUUGUUCCUAAAUUGGUGUCCUUCUUGCUUCACCAUGAUGCCCCAAACUUGCAAUUCGAGGCAGCCUGGGCACUCACUAACAUUGCUUCUGGGACGUCGGACCAAACCAGAGCAGUUGUGGAGGCAAAUGCCAUACCAGCUUUCAUAGCCCUCUUGGCAUCUCCACAUAUGCACAUUUGUGAGCAAUCCGUGUGGGCACUUGGUAACAUAGCAGGUGAUGGCCCCAUGUACAGAGAUUCUCUGAUACAGCUGCAAGUGAUCCCACCUCUUCUGGCUCUGGUGGAGCCACCUACUCCAGUCGGGUUCCUGAGGAACAUCACAUGGACGCUGUCCAACCUCUGCAGGAACAAAAACCCAUGGCCGCCUCUAGAUGCUGUGAGGCAGAUUCUUCCCACGCUGAUCUCUCUCUUGCAACAUGAGGACAAGGAUAUCGUCUCUGACACCUGCUGGGCUAUCUCCUACCUGACCGAUGGAACCAACGAUCGUAUUCAUGUUGUGCUGGAGACAGGGAUACUUCCAAGGCUGGUGCAGCUCCUGUCCUGCCUGGAACUGACCAUUUUGACGCCUGCUCUGCGUGCUGUUGGCAACAUCGUCUCUGGGACAGACGAGCAGACCCAGCUGGCCAUUGAUGCGGGCUUAUUGUCUGUCCUGCCCCGACUCCUGCGGCACCCGAAGUCCUCCAUCCAGAAGGAAGCAGCGUGGGCUCUUAGCAAUAUCGCCGCAGGGCCUUGCUCACAGAUCCAACAGCUCAUCACCUGCGGGCUCCUGCAUCCCCUGGUGGAGCUUUUGGAUAAGGGAGACUUCAAAGCCCAGAAAGAGGCUGUUUGGGCUGUGGCCAACUUUACCACCGGAGGCACUGUGGAGCAGGUAGUCGAUCUGAUCCAGGCUGGGACUCUCUUGCCGCUGCUCAACUUGCUGACGGUCAAAGACGGAAAAACCAUCCAAGUGAUUCUCGAUAGCCUCUCCAACAUAUUCUUGUCGGCUGAGAAACUUGGAGAGACGGAAAAACUGUGCCUCCUUGUAGAACAAUUUGGUGGCCUGGAGAAGAUUGAAGCGCUCCAGACUCAUGACAACAAUGCUAUCUACCAAUCUGCUUUACAUCUCAUAGAAAAGUAUUUUUCUGGUGAGGAAGACGGGAACCUAAAUCCUGCAGUAAAUGAAGAAAGCAAAACGUUCACUUUCUCAGCGGAGCAGCAGGAUCACUACGACUUCUGAAAGGGUGGACCUAGUUUUGUCCUGUUACAGCUUCGCUAGGUGCAGGAAAGCAUACCUAAGGUGACUAUUCAAGCACUA